AGUUUGAUACUGCAAUAUUCAUUUAUUUCAUUUCAUAAUUAAUUUACUUCGGACUUCGGAGUUCUGGCUUAUGCAGUGAGCACGGCUAACACAAUUUUAGGUCUAGUAGAUUACCUAUGUGUUAUGUGUUUAUGACUUGUGAUGUUGAAAAAAUAAAAUAAUGAUUCUAAAUUGUAAAUACUGAUGAUAGUAUGAUUCCAUGACACAAUAUAAUCAUAGAAGAUACUAUUUAUUACUAUUGAAAUUGGAAUCUUUGAACUCAGUAUUCUAAACCAAGUGACUUAAGUGAAUGCAAAUGAUAUAAGAAUAUUAUAAACAAUAACGAUUUCGAAUUUUUAAAUUUCGUGUAAUAAUGAUCCAAUGACAUUGAAAUAAGAGUACGUCUCUGCUAGGUUAAUUUGUUUUAUUUUCUAUUUUUUCAACAUUACCAAGUACAUAGGAAUAACAUUUACUCAACAUCGGUGUGAUGUAAUUUUAACCUCAAGUCUUGUUGUAUGAAAAUGUCUGCCAACGAAAACGAAACUGAGUUCAUACAAUUUUAUGCGAAUCGGCGACCUAAUUUGUUAUUACAGAUUGAUUUGGAAGAACUUAACCGUAUGGAAAGACCUAGCCGAGUUUUUAGUAGCCGUCACCAUUUAUCAAUGCCUCCAGUUUUAACAGAUGUAAAUAAUAUGGAACAAAACGAUCAGUUACAUAGGUCAAGAGAUUAUUCUAGCUAUUUUGAAAAUACAAGUAGUUCGUCACGAAUUGGAGGAAGUACAGCAAAUGGAGAGGCUAUAAGAAAUCGAUCACCUUUUGUUAGAUUUACCAUUACUGAUCCAGACACUCAGCAAAUAACAGCAGCUGGACAAAUUCCAUUGAAUAAUACACCACCUAAUACUCAAACAAGCUCUCUAACAUCUAAUAAUGAAGUAGCUGAUCUAUCAAUCAAUGAUGAAAGUGAUGAUGAACCUUUAAACCUUAAUUUUUGGAGAUCUAAUACUGAACAAAUACGUUCAGUGGACCAUUUUGGUACAAUGGCACAUGCUUCACAACAAUUGAGAAACUCUAGGUCUGGAAGGCGUUCAAGGAGAUUUACAGAACAUCCAUAUUUUAUAAGGAACAAUUUAGAUAACAAUACAAGUAUCUCUAAUAGCAGAACAUACUUUAGGCGUGUUCGUUUUUUAUCAUCAAGCCGAGGUCAUAAUGAUCAUGCUCUUGAAAGAUCACAAACUCCAGAACAAGAACUUCCUGAAGUACUAGAACAUGUUACGGAGCCUGAUAAUCAAUAUGAUGAAGACUAUCAAGGCCAAGAAAGUAUCUCAAGUAUUUCAUCUCAUAAUGAUGCCAAUUCUAGCGAUGAACAUUUUUCAGUUACGGAAAACCAUCACACAAAUGCUGAUGAUGAAAAUAGAGAUGAUACUUUAAGUGUAUCUUAUGAAAUUCCAAGAAAUAGAGUUGUACCAUUUAUUAUGUCACCAACACCAAUUAGUCCAUCGCCCGAGUCUCCUCCAGAUACUCCAGAAAUACCAGCUUUAAGAGUAAACAAUGAUUUACUGGAUGUUCCUAGAACAUUACCAUUGGUAACUAAUAAUGAUGAUAAUGACGAUAAUAUUUUCAGUAAUCCUGACUCUAUAUUACCACCUACUGAUCACAAUACUAUUCCUGGCCCAUCUCAGUUCAGAUAUUUUAUACGAUCUGAUAUACUUAACAAUGGUUCAGUUAGUAGAACAAUUGAUGUAGAAUUAAAUACUCCAGAAAAUGAGACAGUUAAUAACUCAGUUAGAAUUGAUGAAAUAGUUGAUUCUAUUAAUGAUGAUAAUAGUGAAACAAUCUCGAGAAAUCCUCACCCUCCAUUAACAUGUGCAAUGCAAAAUAAUAAUCAAUCCAGAACAACUGAAGAAAUAGCAUCAGUACGUGUUGAAGAACAUCCAGAAACAUAUGAAGACCUUAGUGAUCAGUUAAUACGUUUAUUUGAGUGUCCUGUAUGUUUUGAACAUAUUGUCCCUCCCAUUUUUCAAUGCUUACUUGGACAUUUAAUUUGUAAUAAAUGUGUACUUAUGUGCGCAAAUUGUCCAACAUGUAGAAAUCCUUUUAACUCAAAACGCAAUCUAUACAUGGAAAAAGUUGGCUAUUUGGUAAAGUUUCCCUGUAGAAAUGCUUUAACUGGAUGCAAGCAGCAAAUGUUUGUUGGUCAAAAAGAAGUUCAUGAACAAGAAUGUUGUUAUAGACAUUACCAAUGUUUUUUUACUAAUUGUGCUUGGAAAGGAUACUAUCCUGAAUUGCACUCACAUAUGAUUAGUAAUCAUAGUAGCGAUAUUCUAACUGGAUCAGAACAGACUUUUGAUAUUAUGUUGCCCCAUUUUAAUCAUAAAACAUACAAGUGGUUUUUAUUAUCUCACAGUGAAUAUUUUGCAGUGAUUGCUCAUUCAUCUAUACCACCUAGACGAGUAAAAAUUCAAGUAAAUUUUAUUGGACCAGCAGUUAAAGCAAAACAAUUUAAAUUUUCUGUGUUGUUAACUCAGCAUCUACAAUUCAAUGAUAUGUCACAAAAGUUAAUGUAUGAGAGAUCAACUCUUCCAUAUUCAGAAAUCUAUGAGAUGUCCAAUAAUAAUGGUCUAAAAAAAGAUAUAUUUUCUGUACCUGGUGAAAUGUUGGAGCCUUUUUUAAAAAAAAGACGUCGUCUACCAAUUAUUUUAAAAGUUAGCCCAACAUCUAGUUAAUAAAUACUAU